GGACGGGCCGGGAGGACUGGGAGGUCCGAUGGUGGCUCCAGGCGGUAGCGGGAGCAGAUUGAUAGGCUGAAUGGCUGUCCGCUGUGCCAUAUCAUUCAGAUAUCACAAGCUAGGCACCUUCUUGCAAUGCCGUAGUGCAAUGGCUUCCAGCCAUAGUUCUCCACCAGUGCUCCAACCAAGCAGCAGUGAUGGAAAAUUCAAAAAGGAAAUGGAUCCUUCUAAAAAAUCUUUUAAAACUGUUCGAUCAUUACCAGAUGUCUGUCCCAAGGAACCAACAGGUGAUUCUAGCAGCUUAUGUGACAGCCCAUCAGUUGUGGCAGAUCAGCAUCGGUGGACUGUGUAUCAUUCCAAAGUGAACCUACCAGCAGCACUGAAUGAUCCAAGACUGUCCAAAAGGGAAUCUGAUUUCUUCACAAAAACAUGGGGACUAGAUUUUGUGGAGACCGAAGUUAUGCCUUCCUUCUACCUCCCACCAAUCACCAAGGAACACUUUGCACCCUAUCUAAAAGAUAUGACUUUGCGACAAAAGAUUCAUGAGAAGUGCAAGAAAAUCUGCCCACUGAAGGAUGGACUAAACCAAACACUUGUACCUGUUGUGCACAGCCACGACAGAUCAAGAACAGAUUUGGAUCAAGUACCUAAGAUAUUUUUGAAGUCUGACUUUGCUCUGGAAGAUCCAUUAACGUUUUCUACUGUUUUGCCCUGGUCACAUUUCAGUGGCCAACAUGGAGCCAGUGGAAAGGGGGCUCGAGAUGGAGCAUCAUCAAGAUUAUUGCAAGAAAAGCUAACACAUUAUUUGGACGUUGUGGAAGUGAACAUAGCUCACCAGAUUUCUCUCCGUUCUGAUGCCUUUUUUCAUGCCAUGACUUCUCAACAUGAACUGCAGGACUACCUCACCAAAACCUCUCAAGCCGUAAAAAUGCUUCGUGAUAAAAUUGCCCAGAUUGACAAAGUAAUGUGUGAAGGAUCUUUGCAAAUUUUGAGACUUGCUGUGACUAGAAAUAACUGCGUAAAAAUGUACAAUAAACUAAAGCUAAUGGCCACUGUUCACCAAACGCAGCCUACAGUACAAUUAUUAUUGUCAACCUCGGAGUUUGUUGGGGCACUGGACCUCAUUGCAACAACACAGGAGGUGCUACAACAGGAGCUUCAGGGGAUUCAUAGUUUCAGGCACCUUGGUUCACAACUGUGUGAGUUGGAAAGACUUAUAGAUAAGAUGAUGAUAGCAGAUUUUUCUACAUAUGCUCAUAGUGACUUAAAUAGGCCUUUGGAAGAUGAUCAGUUGUUAGAAGAGGAACGGUUGAUGUCUUUGGUAUUUGGGUUACUAAGACAAAGGAAGCUAGACUUUUUGGACAUCUAUCAUGAAGAGAUGACUGCAGCUGCAAAGAACAUAAUUAAACAGUGUGUGAUUGAAACAAUUGCGCAAAUGGAAGAAAUUGAUACAGAAGUUGUCCUGAAGCUUGCUGACCAGAUGAGAAUGCUAAAUUUUCCUCAAUGGUUGGACCUUCUGAAAAACAUCUUUACAAGUUUUAUUAACUUUCUGAAGCGGGUUAAGGGAACAGUAAGUACCAUUCGUAAUGUUGUCUUCCUGGUGUUGGAUAAAAGCAAGGAAAAAAGCAAAGAACUGGAAGUUGUAUCCAGUCAAAAGACUCCUGUUUUGGGUCACACACUGGAUACAGAAGUGGCGUAUUUGACUCAUGAAGGCAUGUUUAUUAGUGAUGCGUACAAUGAAAGAGAACUAUCUUCACCUGGAGUAGAAAUUGAAUCGCAGAGGACAACUUAUCAAAAUAGUGACCCAUGUGGCAGUGAUUCUACAUCGGAAGCAGAGUGUGCCACUGAUUCCUCCUCCAGUAAGGAGCAAAUGUCAUCUUCGGCCACACCAGGAGGGCUGGAAAUCUUAGUCGGUGAUGAUUUGCAACUGACAGAUUUAGAACUUGGCAGAGUUGCCAAUAACCUUCAAGAACUUCUCUGCAGUGCUUCUGAUAUUUGCCAUGACCGAUGUGUUAAAUUUCUUAUGGCAAGAGCUAAGGAUGGUUUUCUGGAAAAGCUGAACUCCUCAGAGUUUGUGGCACUGUCACGAACAGUGGAAACGUUUGUCCAGGAAACAGAAAAGAUAUGCAGCAGACGUAGCAUGUCCCUUCGGGGAGCCCUGCAAAGCCAGGCCAAUAAGUUUGUCAACCGGUUCCACGAAGAGCGGAAAACAAAACUUGGUCUUCUGUUGGACAAUGAGCGGUGGAAACAGGCUGAAGUUCCAGCUGAGUUUCAGGACUUGGUCAAUUCCAUUGAGGAUGGAGUGAUUGCUUUACCAGAGAAAAAAGCCACAGUUCCACAAGAAAGAAAGCCUGCUGAUUUUCUGUCUGUUGAUGGGCAGAAAUACGCUGUGGUCGGGACUGUUUUGCUGUUAAUAAGAAUAAUAUUUGAAUACUGUCAGUGUGUAGAUGACAUUCCUUCCAUUACUACUGACAUGCUUACUCGCCUCUCAGAUUUAUUAAAGCAUUUUAAUUCUCGAAGCUGUCAGCUUGUUCUCGGAGCAGGCGCAUUGCAGGUCGUAGGACUGAAAACAAUAACUACAAAAAAUUUAGCUCUUGCCUCUCGUUGUUUACAGCUUAUUGUGCACUACAUUCCCAAAAUUAGGCUGCACUUUGAAGCUCGGCUACAGCCAAAGCAAUACAAUAUGCUGAGGCACUUUGAUCACAUCACAAAGGAUUAUAAUGACCAUAUAUCUGAGAUUUUGGCAAAGCUUGUUGCAAUCAUGGAUAGCCUCUGUGACAAAACAUUGUCUAAGUAUGAAGUGAAAGCGCCAGUACCAUCGGCUUGUUUCCGAAAUGUCUGCAAACAAACAGCUAAAAUGCACGAAGCUAUACAUGACGUCUUACCUGCAGAACAAACACAGAUGCUGUUUUUGAGAAUCAAUUCAAGUUUUAAACUUCACCUGAAGAGACAGCUAACACGUUUAAAUGUUGUGAAUGAUGGAGGACCUUUGCAUGGGCUAGUUGCUUCAGAUCUUGCUUUUUACACUGGAAACAUCCAAGCAUUAAAAGGCCUUGAGGAUUUGGACGUUAAUGUGAUAGAAAUUUGGGAACCGAAGAGGUGACAUUGUGAAGAACGCUACCCUGCACACAAAGGUAUCUCAUGAUGAUCCUAGGGUUUUCUACCCUGAGAAUCGUAAUGACAGUCCUUCACUGAAACCACAUCUCGAAAGACCAAGUUGGGAAGAGUGCUGCUGCAAAUGUCCUUGUGAUGGCAGGGAUCAACUAAUCAGUCAUCAUUUUUCAAACCUUUCAACCUAGGCUCAAGUUUCUGUGGACCAAAUGCAGGACUGUACAUGACCUCUGGCUUUACUGGAAGACAGACUUUGUAGCACUAAACGAUGCUUUGCAUCAGAUUAUUUGUAUGUUAAACCUCAUGUGCAAUCAUAACACUAUAUGUUUAAAAAAAGCAUAGCUAAUGAUGGUACCGUUUAUAAAAUACCUUUUAAACAGUUGUAAAUUCUUGCAACAUUAACAAUUCAUAAAAAUGGAUUGGUUGUUUCUUAUCCAUGUGGGGUUGCUAAUUAUCUAGGAGCUUUAUUUUUUUACAGACCUUUCUAUGGAUUUUAAAAAUCUUUUGGAGUGGUGGUUGCACAUCAGAUGUACAUUUUCCUGGACCCCACAGCUUGCUGAUAACCCAACUUUAAAAUCAAAGUAUUUCAGGGUUUAUUUUUAACUACUCUGUCAUCAGUGCACCUGUGUUAAAACAACAGAAGUCAGCAAUUAUGUUAUAUUUGUAAUAAAAGCUUAUUUCCCUGUUUGGGGCACAUUAACAAAUUUUCUUUUGUCGAAUGGCAGCUUCUAGUUUCUCUUUGGAAGUAUGUGCUUACAGGAAGUAUUUUGUUUAAAAUGCCUCACUGGGUUUUUAUGUAAUGGUUUGAUUAAAAUGUGCUUAUUUUAUCUG